CACCCCGGAGAGAACGCAAGGAGGAGAGACCCUAGGAAGUUUCAUUACAGCUGUGUGCCGUGCCCUGAUUUUAGGAAAGGGGCUUGUAGGCGAGGAGACAUGUGUGAAUAUGCUCAUGGAGUGUUUGAGUGCUGGCUUCACCCGGCUCAGUAUCGGACACGGCUUUGCAAAGAUGGUACUAGCUGCAAUCGUAGGGUGUGUUUUUUCGCUCACACUGCAGAGGAGCUGCGUCCACUGUAUGUAUCCACCGGAUCUGCUGUUCCUUCACCACGGUCAUCGGCCUCGGCUGCUAAUGUCAUGGACAUGGCUGCUGCGAUGAGCCUUCUGCCGGGUUCGCCUUCGUCUGUAUCUUCCAUGUCGCCAUCUCACUUUGGGCAACCGAUGUCCCCAUCUGCCAAUGGCAUGUCACUUUCCUCUGGUGCUUGGGCACAGCCAAACGUGCCUGCUCUUCAUUUACCAGGAAGCAAUCUUCAAUCUAGCCGAUUGAGGUCUUCCCUUAGUGCACGAGACAUUCCACCCGAAGACUUGAACGGAAUGCUUGAUCUUGAUGGCCACCAGCACCCUUUAAAUGACUUGAGCUGUUACUUACAGCCUCGCCCUGGUACUGGCUCUGUGAGUCGAUCUGGUCGGUCCAAGACCCUAACUCCAGCAAAUCUGGAAGAGCUCUUUUCUGCUGAAAUUUCAUCGUCUCCCCGGUAUUCGGAUCCAGCAGCGGCGUCUGUGUUUUCUCCAACCCACAAAUCAGCUGUUCUCAAUCAGUUUCAACAGAUACAGAACAUGUUAUCGCCAAUUAAUACUAAUUUGCUUUCUCCAAAGAGCGUUGACCAUCCUCUUUUACAGGCCUCCUUUGGUGUCUCUUCGUCUGGAAGGAUGUCACCAAGAAGUGUGGAACCAAUCUCACCGAUGAGCACGCGCAUGUCGGCGUUUGCUCAGCGUGAGAAACAGCAGCAGCAGCAGCUACAGCUGCGAAGUUUCAGUUCAAGGGACCUUGGUGCCAACAGUCCUGCCUCAAUUGUUGGCUCCCCUGUAAACGGUUGGUCCAAGUGGGGAUCUCCUAAUGGAAAAGCUGAUUGGUCAGUAAAUGGAGACGAGCUUGGUGGUAAGAUGCGAAGGUCGUCCUCAUUAGAGCUUAAGCACAAUGGCGAAGAGCCUGAUCUGUCAUGGGUCCAGUCUCUGGUGAAGGAAUCCCCACCUGAGAUGAUGAAAGAGAAGUUUGCUUCUCCUCUGCCCACAGCACCAUCAGCGGAUGGACCAAAUUCUAAUCCUCAAAUUGAAUCCAUUGAUCAUUCCGUUUUAGGAGCCUGGCUUGAGCAAAUGCAACUGGAUCAGCUUGUAGUCUAGUAAAAUUGACCCCUUUACAUUAUCUUGUUGAGAUAGGUAUUUAAUUUUCGUAAGGUACAUAUUCUUUUGGUGAAAUUUUUUGGGAAGACGACAAGGAGAGGAGGAAUUGUAGUAAAGGAGGUGGGGGUUGGCUGCAAAGUUACCUGAAGGAUAUUCUAUUUUUUCUCUUUUUUUCUUUCUUUAAUAAUUGUCAUUCAUUAUUUUACUACAGAGCUUCAGGGAGAGCUGAAGAAGCUCUCUCUUGGGGCUUACAUCCAUAGGAGAGAAAUCCUGUCGAGGUUAUCUAUUUUUCUUCCAAAACGGCCAUUGUCACAGGAUUCUGCCCUUUUCCAUUUUACUCAAGUUCUGAGUUCACUAUCUUGCAAGCUAGAUGGUUUAUAAUGCAACAAAAACCACUAGCAUGCCAUUGUUUACAAGUUUUUUCUGAAAGUUCACCAAGUUAAGCCAAGUCAGUGAUUUGCUGUUCCCAAAGAACAAGGUGUUGGUCUGUAAUGGAAUAAUUAGAGAUGAUCUGCACUGUUGAAUAUUUACGUUGAAUUGUACUGUUUAUCAUUUUAUUUUAAAUUCAAAUGCAAUGUUUCCGUUA